GUUGACAUGGGGCCCCGAGAACCACUUCCGGUAGCUAAGGGCAACCUCUUCCGGAGUACUUCGGCCGGCCUGCUUAUCCGCCCGCCAGCUGUGCUGCGUCUCGGCCCGGCGCGCCACUAUGGGAAUCUUGGAGAAGAUCGCGGAGAUCGAGAAGGAGAUCGCCCGGACCCAGAAGAACAAAGCUACCGAGUACCACCUUGGCCUGCUGAAGGCAAAGCUCGCAAAGUACAGAGCUCAGCUUCUAGAGCCUUCAAAAUCGGCCGCGGGCAAAGGCGAAGGCUUUGAUGUGAUGAAAUCUGGAGACGCCCGGGUGGCACUGAUUGGUUUUCCCUCUGUGGGUAAGUCCACGUUUCUGAGUUUAAUGACUUCCACGGCUAGCGAGGCAGCUUCCUAUGAAUUCACCACGCUGACAUGUAUUCCUGGAGUCAUAGAGUACAAAGGAGCCAAUAUCCAGCUUCUUGAUCUGCCGGGGAUCAUCGAAGGCGCUGCUCAAGGAAAAGGCCGAGGGCGCCAAGUGAUCGCCGUGGCCCGGACUUCUGAUGUUGUCAUCAUGAUGCUGGAUGCUACAAAGGGUGAAGUGCAGAGAGCUCUGUUAGAAAAGGAGUUGGAAUCGGUAGGCAUCCGGCUGAACAAAAAUAAGCCCAACAUCUACUUCAAGCCAAAAAAGGGAGGGGGCAUCUCCUUCAAUUCCACGGUGAUGCUGACGCAGUGCUCUGAGAAGCUGGUGCAGCUCAUCCUCCAUGAAUACAAAAUCUUCAAUGCGGAGGUUCUGUUCAGGGAUGACUGCACACCUGAUGAGUUCAUUGACGUGAUUGUUGGCAACCGGGUCUACAUGCCGUGCCUUUAUGUUUAUAACAAAAUUGACCAGAUCUCCAUGGAGGAGGUAGAUCGCCUGGCUCGGAAACCCCACAGUGUGGUUGUCAGCUGCGGCAUGAAGUUGAACUUGGACUUCCUGCUGGAGAUGCUGUGGGAGUACCUGGCCCUUACCUGCAUCUACACCAAGAAAAGAGGCCAGAGACCAGACUUUUCAGAUGCCAUCAUCCUACGGAAAGGGGCCUCAGUGGAACACGUGUGCCAUCGAAUUCACCGGACAUUAGCCAGCCAGUUCAAGUAUGCGUUGGUGUGGGGAACUAGCACGAAAUACAGCCCUCAGCGAGUAGGACUCAGCCACAUGAUGGAACACGAAGACGUCAUCCAAGUAGUGAAGAAAUAAUCCUCGUUGCCAGCCCUUCACCCUGCCCCGCUGUGUGGAAUUUCCAGUUCGACUUUGGCGGUAACCUGUCUGAAAGCCACAAAGAAGUGAAAAUCGUUCUGGGCAAGGCGAGGGCUUGCAGCUCCACAUAAGCUUCCAUGAAGCUUGCCCGGAGGAUAAAAGGGUGACUAUGGAAUUGCUCGCAGGGUAGGGACGUGGAGGCGAUAGGUUCUUCUCUUACACAGCAGCAUGCUUGAGGGGCAUCUUUUUGUAGCAUGGUGUUUGGGUGCCUUUAAGAUGCUCGGGGCAGGUUUGUUUGCGACUUGACGGCUACCCGGAAAAGUGGCCUUGGGUCCAUGAACCGAAGAACACAGGGAAGGACCAUCUGUCCUCUGCUUGUCCUUCCUUCCGUGUGUGUCAGCCUGCAAGUGGAACAACAGCCCAUCUUUCCCCAUCCAAAAACCAGCACUUCUGUCUCCAUCUCCACAUGGAUGGGGCAUGGCCAGAAAUAAUCCAUGCAACACGAGGACUUGUUUACAGGCAGAUCUCUUCAUCACAUCCACACCGUGACCCACAGAAGUCUGUUUCCACCCGUUUUCCAGCUAAGAGAUGUUAAUAACUUUUGCGGGAGUGAACGGAAAUGCAGCCAUGUCCUUUCUGUCCCCUAUUGCCCAUUUCGCAAGAUGGCAACUGCAAAAUGUCUACUCUGAAACGGCACGCCUGCCCCUCACACAGCUCUGCCCAAGAAAAUUACUCCUUUGUCUCCAGACCCAUCAAAAGCCAUUGGUCCUUGAAGCAAAAUAAAAAAUAGCUCUCGUU